AUGUUGCAGAAAUUCUGGUAGCAUUUGAGGGGUGUGCGGGAGUGGGGACAUGCAGGUCAUUCACUCGCCCUGUGUUCGUCAGCUGUUCCUCUUCAGUGUCUCGCCGUGCGGACUGCGAUCACCACGGCAUGUGCUUCUUUAGUGUCGGUGUAGUAGUGUUGACGUAGGGGCCACGGCCACAGUGUUGCGAGCAGGAAGUGACCACUGAAGAAGGCGCUGGAUGUGCCACACCACGGAACAAUGAGCUGUGUGCCGCAGGGCGCCCUCUUGGCGCUCUUGGCUGCCAUCCUACACUGCACCAUGACGUCACCCGUGUGGAUGCCACAGUUUUUAUCCGGAGGAUCUGGCCGCAAUAUCAGGCAUCUUCCCUGUGUAAGUCGACGCACUGGAGAAACGGGAGUGUGCAUGUUCGCUUUCGGCUGUAUGAAAGCCAAUGGUACGCACCUGGGCACUUGCAUAGACAGAUUCUACUUCGGGAGUUGUUGUCGCCUGCAGGAAGAAAACGGGUCUUCUAUUCCAAACACAGAAGACAACAAUGUGUUGCCAGUCACCACUACGACCGAGUUCAAAUAUUAUUUGUCUACGUUCCAGUCAAUACAGGACAGCGAUAACAACGUCGAGGACGAUGACCAGCCGACCGUCAAGCCAAUCAGACCCGUAAUAUUGCCGACAAAGAAACCGAGUGUACCAGAAAAGAGGCCUACGCCGAGUCCGACGACAAUUACGACUUCAGGACCUCUUACGACAAGAAAGAGUACGAUUUUUACUAGCACAGCGAUGGCAAGUCCGACCCUACCCACAUAUAAACCAUUCACCACAGACAAGCUGACUACAACAAUUACCAGAAAACCUGUAGUACAGGUGACGUCUCAGACAACUAGUAAUCCGGUGUCAAAACCAACCAAACCUCCAAAAACUACGACGAAACAACCUGUUACACAGAUAUUGCUUACACAAACAACGACUAGAGAGCCAGUGAUUCAAACAGGACCAUCUGGCACGACAGACAGCCCAGUGACACAGCAAACAAGCCCUUCCACAGCAACAACCAAGAAACCGAUAACGCCACCGAAAAAUACGACUAGAAAACCUGUAAUUCAGACAAGUUCAUAUACAACGACAACAGGACGUCCUGUCACGGAACAGACAGAGCCACUGAAAACCACGACAAGGGAGCCUUCGACACAGGACAUCACAACAAAGGCAACACCUUUGGAAACUACGACAAAGAAGCUUGUAACCCAGACAGAAUCUCCAUAUACAACGACCACACGGGCUGGGACACAAUCAUCACCUCUCGAUCAUACAACGAGAAAGACUACAGCCCAAACAAAACCAUCUGAGACCACGACAAGAAGACCUGCAACUCAGUCAACAUCAGAAACAACCACACGAAGACCUACGACUCAGUCAACAUCAGAAACAACCACAAGAAGACCUGUGACUCAGUCAACAUCCGAAACAACCACAAGAAGACCUGUGACACAUGCCAAACCACCUGAAACAACCACAAGAACAUCUGUGACUCAAACAACCUCCCAGAAAAUCACAGAGAAACCUCCUGUAACCAAACCAAAGCCCCCUGCCGCGACCACGUCGAAAAAGCCAGUGGUUACAACAACCCGCAAACCUCCUACAAAGAAACCAACAAUAAAAACAACUGAGAGUCCGGCAGAGACUACGACCACGUCGACGCUUGCGCCGGCAUCGCUGAUCACGUGGACGUUGCUGCAGGAACCGCCGCGAACAGAGUCAGCCUCUACGACCACUGCGGCAUCUGAUGGCUGGAUCCUGAUAAAUGUAACCACGCACCCGCCAUCUGUUGACAGCACGUCGCAAGUAGAUUCAGCGCUGUACAAUAACACUAGUCAGCCUGCCGUAGGAACAACGACCUCCAUGUUACCGGACAUACCGCCAGAUAUCACCACUACCUCAACUCUUAUAACUACUACAAUGACGACGACAACGACACGGACUACUUUUCGACCGGAAGUUACAGUUUCGACGACCGAUGCGUCGAAAGUGACAAGUGAAGACACACCGACAACGAAUGCCACGCAGGACUUUGACCUCAACAUGACCGACUUCGUGCAAGUGUGCGGUCGGCGAUUGUUCCCAGAAUCCCGUAUCGUGGGCGGAGAGAAAUCUUCUUUUGGCAAAUGGCCGUGGCAGAUCUCGCUGCGACAGUGGCGCACCUCCACAUACCUACACAAGUGUGGAGCAGCACUCCUGAAUGAGAACUGGGCCAUCACUGCGGCACAUUGCGUGGAGAAUGUGCCUCCUAGUGACCUCUUGCUGCGGCUCGGAGAACAUGAUCUCAGCUCUGAAGAGGAACCUUAUGGGUACCAGGAGCGGCGUGUGCAGAUCGUGGCUUCACAUCCUCAGUUUGAUGCCAGGACAUUUGAAUAUGACCUGGCUCUGCUGCGUUUCUAUGAACCAGUAACAUUCCAACCCAACAUCUUGCCAGUCUGUGUGCCCCAUGAUGACACCAAUUUUGUGGGUCACACAGCCUACGUUACAGGCUGGGGUCGUUUGUAUGAGGAUGGACCACUGCCUAGUGUGCUGCAGGAGGUAUCAGUGCCAGUGAUAAAUAAUUCGCUGUGUGAGACCAUGUACCGCUCUGCUGGCUACAUUGAGCACAUUCCUGAGAUAUUCAUUUGUGCAGGAUGGAAGAAAGGUGGCUUUGAUUCAUGCGAGGGUGAUUCUGGUGGACCCAUGGUAAUCCAGCGUCCUGACAAGCGUUGGUUGCUGGCUGGUGUCAUCUCAUGGGGCAUUGGUUGUGCAGAGCCAAACCAGCCAGGGGUCUACACACGCAUCUCUGAAUUUAGGGAAUGGAUCAACCAGAUCCUACAGUUUUAGACUUAUGACAUACAGGUGAUACUAGACGUUCUGCAGCGCUUUAACGGUCUUUACUCAGCUUUGCUGAGAUAAUGAACAGAUGAUUUUCAUCAAUGAAAAUGCAUCCAACAAAUCCUGCAGUUGUGACAUGACCAGCAGACAGGAACUACAAGAAUUCUAAAUGUCUAGAAUACCCAGAGCUAGUCAUGAGAACAAAGAUCUUGCAGUUCUGACGUGACGGAAAUUCUGAAUAUCUGAUAUGGUGUACAGAUAAUUUCAUGUAAUAUGACUAUUAUUUUGACAUUGUCAACAGAAGUCAUGAUGACAGGACAGCUGUCAAUACAGUUAUAAUGCAAGACUAGAGUUAUAAAUUGUUUAAUAGCCACAAAAAUUAAAUAUUGCAGUCUCAUGUAAUUCUAACAAGAAUGUUUGAGAUAAAGGAUUACCCAGAUCAUCAGUAUGUCAUGUGUGAAAAUUGUAACAAGCAGGUUAGUUCUAUGUUGACUGACCUCAUACAAUGGGCUAUAGACAACUGAAAAUCAAUACAUUGGUUUAUGUAAAAUUUAGUGAAAACCAAGUGAUGGAGACAGGCAGAGAGACAAAAAAUAUUCAGGAUAAUAGAGUGACAUAUAAUGGUAUCUGUACUACCGGAUGCGUUGAAAAAUAAUGAAUAGUACAUAGGUAGACAGAGAACAGAAUAAAUAGCGAGGCAGAAAGACAAGUUGCAAAAUUGAUUGGCUGAACCAACGGAAGUGCCUCCAGGAUAAGAUGCUCUGAGAGCAACUCUGACAUCCUGCACCAAUAUGUACUGCCAAAUAAGUGUUAUUGAAGUAAUUCACACAGUGACUUAAAUGCAGCAGGGAAAGAUAGAGAUCAUUAUGUUGGCUGCAGUGCCAUGAUAUACACAAGAAAUGGAAUACCAUGAGCUAUGAUAAUAACAGCGAAUGAACAUACAGAGAACUUCCAGUUUAACAGUACUUAAUUUAAGCUUACCCUCCUUUAAUAUUCAUUGUCAGCACUCCCAGUUACAUAAUUUUCAUUGUAGGUUUUCCUCCAUCUUAGGUUUUCUACGAAUCAGAUGCCGCCUAAAGAACGUUACACGGGAUGUCACUGUAUUCUAACUAUAAACAGAAAGUCCUCUUUUAUUAACAACAUUGAAGAAGUAACAAUGAAGGACAAUAUGAUUAUAUCACUUUGUACUAAACUGUACAAGAAACUAAACAUGAAAUACCAACCAGAGGGCAAGUGGAACUGCUGUGAUGUUGGUAUCACUUUGAACAUAAUUAAAGUUAAUGUGCCAGAGAGUUGUGAGUGAAUGAAAGUUAUUUAUAUUGUGAAGUGAAGAGUUGUAGCUCUAGAAUGAACUUAAGAAUCCGAUGUCAAAAUGAGUAACAGCUUACAUGCUGUGGGACAUUGCCUUCCUCAUAUUGUCUAGUAUUUUAUAUAUAAUAUUUUGUAUAAAGAAAUACAAAUUAAGGAUUACAAAAAUUCCUUAUAUAAAAUGUUAA